AUGUAUUUUGCACGAGCCCGCGCCCACUUCCCGCUCCAAGUUCAGAAACAAAAUUUUAUCAUUUUAUUUUCCUCUCUUUUCUUUUCUGCAUUCCACUUCUUUUCUGCAUUCAGAAACACAAUUUCAGACCACUUCACGGUUGCACCACCAUCACUCAGUUUGCUCGCGCCGCCACUGUCGCUCCUCUUGCUGGCGCUGCCUGUCGCUCCGUUGCUGCCGUGCCACACAGUCGCUUCUUCUCUCUGUUGCCGUCGUAGCUCCUCCUACUUUGGUCCUUCUCCGCUCUCUCUCAAUCGAACUCACAAAAACCAGGUUGCUUGGUGGCUUUACAUUGGAAGAUUGUUGGUAGGGUGUGGGAUGGGCCUUCUAUCUUUUGUGGUUCCAGUUUAUGUAGCAGAAGUAACACCGAAGAAUCUCCGAGGAGGAUUCACCACGGUUCAUCAGCUUAUGAUUUGUUGUGGGGUAUCAUUAACUUAUCUUAUUGGAGCAUUCUUGAAUUGGAGGAUUUUGGCUCUGAUAGGAAUCAUUCCUUGUAGUGCACAGGUUCUGAGUCUACCCUUCAUUCCUGAGUCUCCUAGGUGGCUGGCAAAGGUUGGUCACUUGGCGGGGAGCGAAAAUUCUUUAUAGCGCCUUAGGGGAGAGAAUGCCAAUGUUUCUCAAGAGGCCACUGAAAUUAGAGUAUAUAACAAGUGUUUGUUCAUUCGAGUGCUAAACUCGUGUGUUACAAUCUAUCUAGAAAGCAAAAGAAGCAAGGAAAAAGAUACCACAAAGUCUAACACACUAACAUGCACUGUUUUAGUAGGAUUAUACAAAAGCACUUCAGCAGCAUUCAGAAGCUAGCAUUAUUAUAUUAGCACUCAGCACUUAUUAUUAUGUUCCUCUUCCUCUAACAUUUCUUCAACUGCUUCCUUGAAUCUGAGGCUUGCACUCAGCACUCAUGAAGAAUGUGGUGGAAGCCUGUUUGUGAAGGUGUACAUGGAAGGCAUUCCAAUAGGGAGGAAACUCGACACCACUAUUCUCUGGGGUACAGAGAUGGAUGAAGUUGUAGUUCAACCUAGUGAGAGAUGCCAUGUCCUCACUUAUGAAGAUGAAGAAGGAGAUCUUGUUAUGGUUGGGGAUGUUCCUUGGGAGUAAGUCAUCAUCAUCAUCUAAAUUCUCUUCUUUCUUUCUUUCUUUAAUGAAACUAAUUGAUAUUAUAUGUUGAUGUUGGUGUGGAUGUUUGUUUCCACUGUAAAGAGGUUGAAUAUCACAAGGGUAGACACAUUCACUACCUCUUGAUAAUGCAGAUCUCUAUAUGUUUUGGAUUAAUUAGGUAGCUUCAGAGACACUACUGAGGUUUCCAAUUUUGUUCUUAGUACUACUACUACUAGUGUAGUCUUAAUUACAAGUGUUGAAUCAUCAAAACUAUGCACAAAGUUAAGUCCUCAGUUAUAUAUACUACAUGCAUAGCUUGCUCACUAGUCACUA